AUCGAUAGCAUUCCAAUACCAUCACUAAAACAAAGGUGUGGAAAUAUCAUAGUUUCCACAAACCGAGCAAAUAUUUGCAUUUUUCAAGUCCCAAAUUGGCUAAUUAGUGUUUUCAUUGGAUCGAAUUUAACGCCGAACAGCCGAAACGGAAGUGGCUGCUUAAUGUUUGUUGUUGUGCUGCGUGGCGUGAAGCGAAAAGUGUGACGGGCGUCAAUGCGGACGUGCUAAUUCACCGGUGUGUGCUGCUUAGUUGGACACAGUAACUAUCAAUUACUCGCCAUUAUGCCACUGCCGAAGCGAUCCAUUGAGCCCGUACACGUAGCCCGCUCCGUGUACCAGCAAGAUGAGCUGCAGUCCGUGGAGUUGGAGACGGUGACCAACACCACAUUGACGAAUAUCAUCCGCCAGCUAUCGUCGCUGUCAAAGCACGCCGAGGAUGUAUUCGGGGAACUGGCCCGCGAUGUGGGCAACAUUGGGGAUCGGGCCAACUCGCUGCAGGCGCGCAUCGAUCGGCUGGCCAUCAAGGUGACCCAGCUGGACAGUACUGUUGAGGAGGUACCUCUAACGGAUAUUACGCGCAAGAAGGCCUUCAAGUCGGCCAAGAUAUUUGACCAGCAGAUCUUCUCGCGCGCCACCAUGCCGGCGCCCAUGAUGGAGACAUAUGCACAGUGCGACAAACCACCGCCGUUGGACAAACUCAAUGUCUAUCGGGACGAUGGCAAGGACGGGCUCAAAUUCUACACGGAUCCCAAUUACUUCUUCGAGCUGUGGCGCCAGGAGAUGCUGAAGGACACCGAGCGGGUGAUGCACGACAAGGGAAAGAAGCUGAACAGGCCGCGGCAGGAGGGAGGAGCCGGCGGAGCCGCCGGACGUGGCAACAAGAAGCAGAAGACCAAGAUACGGGUGCCGCACAAUACGCGCGAGCAGCAGCGACAGCGUGCCCUGGUGCACGGCGAGACAUUGAUGCCCAACAAUGUCAUCUAUCGCACGCCCAACUCCAUGGUCAACGAGGAGGCCGGCUACGGAAUUCAGCUAGUCAAAAUACAGACUGUGGGCGAGGCUGACAUCGAUUUGCGGCUAAGCACUCUCGAUGCGCACCACCACCAGGUUAUCGGUAAUGUCCAGGACGUAGAUACAGUAAAGCCUUAUAAUAUGCUAUCGCAUUUGGAGAAUAACAGUAAUGUCACAAAGCAAACCGCCGUUGCGAUUGCAGAUAUGGGAGUCUACGAAGCUCGCCAGGCUCGACCGAACUCGAUCGAAUUGCACCGCCCCUACCCACCCGAGCAGAUCGAUGGCAGCACCUACGAGCAGCUCACUCCCCAGAUGGCCAAUCAGUAUGCCGCCACGUUCGGGCCCAACGGAGGCGUCCAACAGAUGCAACAGCAUCAACAGCAGAUGUACGACACCGGGCUGUAUCAGUCGCACGCGCUGUAUGGACAGACGGGCGGCCAGGGCGUCAUGUCCCCGGAACCCAUCUACGGACCAGGCGGCACACCGACGCGCAACAAGCCGCGUCCCUCGCAGCCACCACCGGCUCCGCCGUCGAAUGGCAGCGGUGGCGGUACGCCAACAGCCUCUAAUGCCAACACACCGACCCGGGGACGAAGUAUGUCAACCAGUCGGGAUGCCUUGCCACCGCCACCGCCAGUUCCGGACGUCAUUUCGCCCAUGUCCGUGAUGAACGGAGCAAAUAGCGGAGGCGGCCACAUGGCGGUCAAGCUGCUGGGUCGGGGAAGCAUCAAUGCGUCGGGAGGAGCUGGAUCUCCGCAGAUGACACAGAAUAGUAUGCAGAAUGCGGAUAUGGUUAUGACGCAACUGGCCAACACAUUCAACAGCAUCGGCAUGACGGGCGGCAACCAAUUGAACUCUCUUAGCGACUUGCCACCGCCGCCACCAGUGCCAGAUCAGCACUCACCCAAGAUGUCGCCACCGAAUGCGGCGCCUCCGCCGCCGCCACCACCGCCACCUGUAGAGGAUGGCAUGGGCCUAGGCAGCGGCAACCAGCACACAAUGAGGCCACACCAAAUUCUGCCCAAGUCCCUGGUCAACGGCGAAAUGCCCAUGCCAGGUCAACAAAAUGGUGCGCCGCCACAUAUUGUUGCGGCUAAAAAGAUAAUGCCUCCAUUCCAUGAUCCACGCAAUGAUUUAAUGAAGGCCAUUCGAGAUGGCAUUACCCUACGAAAGGUAGAAAAGUCGGAGCAAAAGGAGUUUGAACGCAAUGCGGCACCGUUGGAUGUGGCCUCAAUCUUGGCCAGACGUGUUGCAAUCGAGCUAUCCGAAUCUGAGGAUUCAGAUAGCGAAGACGACAGCGAGGGCUGGAUGGAGCCAAACGAGACAUCGGCUUGAUCCCUGAUGAACUCGCUGAAGCCGGACAUAAUACUGAAAAACAAAAAGAAAAAGUAAUUCCAAAGAGAAUUAAUCCAUACGAUGGUCUAAGCCAGGCGUGGUAUAUACAGAAUUGGAUUACACAAAAGCACCAAAGCUUUUU